GAGAAAGAUGGCGUUGAAACCAUGUACCUAUCCAUUGCCUGAAACGAGGUUUCUCCAUGCAGGCAGGCUCGUGUACAAAUUUAAAAUCCGGUAUGGCAACUUCAACAGCGCUCCUGAUCUCCACACCACUGAAAGUGCUGUCAAGGAGGUAGAGGAGGCGAUUCGAGUAAUUCUUGGAAAUCUGGAUGAUUUACAUCCAUUUUCUACAGACCACUUCACUAUCUUUCCAUAUUUGAGUAAAUGGGAGAGAGUAUCGGAGAUGAGAUUCAAACAUGAGAAUGUCCAUCUCAUGCCUUAUCCCUACAUCUGCACUAUGUAUCUAGAGCUCAACUCGUUUCAGCAAAACUUAUCUUGCGGUAAAGAAGUUAGCAAGGGCAGUGAUGAGCUUGUCAAGGGUAGAAAUGCAGUAUCAGAAAGUACUUCAGUAGAAGAAAUGGUGAAGAGGAGAAGAGUGGAAGUCCGAGCAGAGACCUCAUGCCCACAGUUGGGUACGGACAGGACUGGAGCAGAGUGUGUUCACCAUGUGAGUAAAGCAAAGCAUGGAUUUGAAAGGAAUCCCUCCCAAGAAAGUGAGUGUCAGUGGAGUCCAGUAUCCCUUCGUGUGGGCUGCAACCAAGUGAACUUCUGGGGACCUGUGGAGUCUGGCCUUGGACAUGGAACAGCAGCUGGUCAGGCUGAGGGUGCAGUGCAGCCACUGCAGCAGAUGGACCACAGGGCCAACAAAGGCAGUGUGGAGUCAGGAGGAAGUGGUCUAUCCAGGUUCUGGAGAAGCAUAAUCUUUUUGCCACUACAGCGUCUUUUUGGUGGAAAGAACUGACCUGGAACUGCUAAGUGUUGUGGAAAGGUAAACUUGUAGCAUGAAGGUUGGGUUGUAUUGUGUCUUUUGUAAUUCAGCUUUUCACAUUGUUUGUCUCAGCUACAAAAUCUUUAAAUUAAGGUCUACUUUGUUUCCAUUUCCAAAUUAAUGUCUGAAAGAUGUUGGGUUAGAAUGCCUUUUUCUUCAUCACCUGGAGUUUCUGGAAAAUAAGCUUUAAGAUUUUGAUGCUUGAGCAUCAUAAACUGUGAAUUUUACAUUUAAGAACUGUUAGAUAAGAUUCUAAU